AUCAAUAUCUAAAAGGAUCAUUUACACACAGUAUUAUUUUCCGCGUUUCUAGGUGGUUCAACUGUUCAAAUAGAGCGGCGUUGAGUGGGUUAAGUUCGUUUUUUCCGCAUUAUAUUUACGGUAUAUUUUGACAAUGAGAAGGUAUAUUUUGGUAUAUUGCCAAGAGUCUGCAAAAACGUGGUUUUAAGAGGGUCCAUUGUUGCAUUGCGAAAGGGUCGCGGGCGCACAUGGGACGCCAUGCCAGCUAAGCGAAUGACCGCCACAACAGCAGCAACAACGAGGCCACCCCCACCGCCAGUCGCUGGUGUCAGCAGCCACAACAGCACCAGUGGAGGAGGCGCGGCACGUCCCCUAGAGAUGCUCAACGGCAUGACCCGCCUGACCCCGGCCAGAGACCUCACCCUGGGCGGACGUGGGGCGGGCAACAAAAAGGUCUUUGCCCCCAACUUGAACGCAGUGCGGAACAAGAACGUAAAUGUGAAAACAUCCAAGGACUUCACGCAGGCGCGCGGCGGUAAGCGCGGUGGCCGCGGCACUGCGUCGGGAGCAACACGUGGUCGUGGCGGCAAUUCCACGCUUAUCCAGACCACGGGCCUGUUCUCGGAGGGCGCUGGAGUUGCACAGCUGCGAAGGUCCACGGGCAAUGGCACGGCAUAUGCGCGGGCGAGUGAGGAGCAGGCGGUGGCCCGGAAACGCACCGACCGCAAGGACGACAAGGCCCAGGCGCUUCGGGUGAGGGCACUGCUGGGCGAAUCCGAUGCCAGCGAGUGCGACGCAUCCGACGCCAGUGAUACCGAGGCUGAUAAGACUGAGCUGGCCCUCAAGCCGAUCCUGCUGAGGGAAGGCCUGUGGCUCACCCAGAAACCCAUUGUGAAGCAAGAAGAUGCUAGCCUAGGCUCGAAUCAGCAAGACCCGCUCGCCGUGGCACAGCACUUGCAGCAUCUCCAUGUGACCGCCCAGACGGCAGAGAUGGAGGAGCCACCGCCCCAGUAUGGCCGAUAUCCGCGCAGCAUCGGCGGAUUUCUCGAUGCACCCCAAUCGCAGAUAUUUCUGAUGCAGCUGCCCGAUGUCCUGCCCUGCGUGAGCGAUGAGGCGGAGGAAGGCUCUAGGGAAGCACCCAAAAAGGAGGAAGCCUCAGCCGCCUCUGAGACUGAGCCCAAGAGUCCCGCAGCUCCAGCCUCGACGGGUGCGCCCAGGCCAAGUGUGCUCAGGCAGCUGGAGGAGGGCCAAAUCGGAAAGAUCCUCAGGUAUCGAUCCGGACGAGUCAAGCUGCUGCUGGGCGACACGCGCUUCGACCUGGACAUGGGCCUGGACUCGGGCUUCCUGCAGGAGCUCAUGUCGGUGACCGCCAAUCGCGAACAGCGCAGCGGCAACAUGAUCAACCUAGGCCCCAUCCAGGCCAAGAUCAAGGCCACCCCCGACUGGGUGCAUCUCUUCGAGCAGCAGGAGGCAUCCAAGCGCAGUGCCAGCACAUCCAUGAGGCCCCCGACCGCGUAGCAUUGCUGUGGCGGAUGAUCGAUCUUCUGUUCCUCGCUUUCCCCUCGGCUAUCUUCCUGUUUAUCCCUUUUAGUAGAUUAUUAUGUAAUAAUAUGUAUAUAGGCCGUGCCUCAGUCUUAAGUUAAUCUAAACCCCUUAGUUGUGCAUAAAAGGUAACUAUAUUGAGAUUUUGAUUGUGAAAAUGAAUGCAAUUUCUGUGGGAGGAGUUCCGCUGUUCGGCUACAGAGCUGUAAAGCAG